AAACCAAAGAAGAACCGCAGAGAGUAACAUCACUUACUCGGAACCAUUUUUUUUUCUUUUUUUUUUCCUUCCCUCUCUGAUUUAAACCAAACAGGCAAAAGAAAAGGAGGGGUCAAGGAAAAGAGGAGAGAAAAAGGAAAAAAAAAAAGGGCAAUAUAGAAGUUGAGAGAGAGAGAGAGAGAGAGAGUAAAAGCAUCUAAUGGCUGCAAAGAUGGAGUGGAUUCCUCUAUCUUUCUCUUCAUCCUCCAUCUCCAUAUCCCAAGUUUUGCUUCCAAUUUAUUCCCAUAGCUUCUUCUAAGCUUGUUAGAUUCAAGAUUCCGAAUUGAUUUGAAGGAAACCGCUCUGUUUUUGCAUGUGCGUAGAAAAGAAGGAAAAGGUAGUCAAUUUAAUUUCAGAGGAAGAAGAAGAAGAAAAUUAGAGGUGGAAUUGAAUUGAAUUUAUAUAGAAGAUGGCUGCGUCUUCUUCAUCUGUACCAGUAUUUGGAGUUCGAGAAGAAGUAGCGCAGAGGAAUAAUAAUCCGCAGCUGCAGCAGCAGCAGCAUUCGAAUUCGUCGACGGCGGCCCCACCUCCGAAGAAAAAGAGGAACCAGCCAGGAACACCAAAUCCAGAUGCGGAGGUGAUUGCGUUGAGUCCGAAGACGCUAAUGGCGACGAACAGGUUCAUAUGCGAGGUGUGCAACAAGGGAUUCCAGAGGGAGCAGAAUCUGCAGCUGCACAGAAGAGGCCACAACUUGCCGUGGAAGCUGAAGCAGAAGAGCACCAAGGAGCCGAAGCGGAAGGUGUACCUGUGCCCCGAGCCCAGCUGCGUCCACCACGACCCCUCACGAGCCCUCGGCGACCUCACCGGCAUCAAAAAGCACUACUCCAGAAAGCACGGCGAGAAGAAGUGGAAGUGCGACAAGUGCUCCAAGCGCUACGCCGUCCAGUCCGACUGGAAAGCCCACUCCAAGACCUGCGGCACCCGCGAGUACCGCUGCGACUGCGGCACUCUCUUCUCCAGACGGGACAGUUUCAUCACCCACAGAGCCUUCUGCGACGCACUGGCCCAAGAAAGCGCAAGACACCCUCCCAACUUAGGAUCCGCCAUUGGAAGCCAUUUAUAUGGAACUAACACCAAUAAUGUCGGGUUGACCCUAUCUCAAGUCCCUCAGUUAUCCUCUCUCCAAGACCAUCCCAAUAUUUCCCAAUCAGCCCACGACGUCCUCCGCCUCGGUGGUGCCCGAGCCGGGCAGUUCAGCCACCUUCUUCCCCCGUCGAUUGGCUCGUCCUUCCGGCCCCCGCAGCAGGCAAUGCCAUCGUCGUCGUCAUCCGCAGCUUUCUUCCUAACCGAUCAAACUAACCAGAAUAGCUUCCAUGAAGAUCAUCAGAGCCAAUCCCAACAAGGGUUGUUUGGGAACAAGGGGUUUCAUGGGCUAAUGCAAUUCCCAUCUGAUAUCCAAAGUCAUACGAGUAGUAAUAACAACCCUGCCACCACCGCCACGAACCUCUUCAACUUGGGAUUCAUUUCAAAUCCCACUGGCGACAACAAUAAUACAAACAGCAACAGCAGCAACAACAACAACAAUCUUCAAUCCUCUUUGCUAAAUCAAUUCAGUGGCGGAAACAAUGGAAGUAAUGAAGGUGGGGCGGCUAAUAUAUUCUCGGUUAACAUAAUGGGCGAUCAUCAAAUCAGUUCAGGUGCAGUGCCGUCUCUCUACAGCAAUGCAACCGGAGUCAGUGUUGGUGUCGCUGGCGGCAGCGGUGGAGGUAUGCCACACAUGUCGGCGACGGCGCUUCUUCAAAAGGCAGCUCAACUCGGCUCCACCACGUCGAGCAGCAACACGACGGCAACAUUGCUCAGAACAUUCGGGAGCUCCUCGUCAUCUGGUGGGAAACCGUCGGACAGGAUGCUGUUUCCGCCGAGCUACGGCGGAGUGUUUGGGGAAAACGAGAACAAUUUGCAAGAUCUGAUGAACUCAUUCGCGAGCGGCGGCUCGGCCAGUGGUAUCUUUGGAGCUGGGAAUGGGAUGAACUCGUUCGGUGGAUUCGACAGCGGCGGCAACAGAACGACCAACAUGGAAACCUUAGAGGAUCCGAAGCUACAGCAGAAUCUGACCGCGGUCAGCAUGGGCGGGACAGAUAGGUUAACGAGAGACUUCCUCGGCGUUGGACAGAUCGUGAGAAGCAUGAGCAGCGGUGGAGGAGGCGGCGGCGGAGGGCAUAAGCAACCGCCGCAAGGGAUCGUAUUGGACCCAAGUGAGAGCAACUCUGCGCCGUCAAGCCAAGCGUUCGGAGGUGGAAACUACCAGUGAAGAAGAAGAAGAAGAAGAAGAAGAAGAGGAAGAAAAAGAAGAAGCAGAAGGAGAAGAAAAGUACAGACAGAAACAGAUUUUUCAAAUGCAACAAACAUCCAUGCCAGCCAACUUCAAUCAGUGAUCCAAAAUAUAUCAGGUAGUUUAUUUUUUGUUUUAUUUUAUUUUAUUUUUGUUUAUGUAAUUUUACCAUGAGAGGAGAGGAAGGACGACCAGAUAGCUAGUCUUUUUUUCUUUUUUUUUUUCCCUUACUUUCAACUAAGCUGUAUUAAUUCCAUCUUUUCUGGGCGACCAAUGAGCUUUUUUAUAAUUAACUUUUAGUCUACCUAGCUAGGCUAGGCUAAAAUUCUCCUCUCCUUAUAGUUUCAUAGACAUAUUUGCAAAGUCAACAUUAGUUCAA